UGUCCUUGUUGUAAUUAGGGCAACAAAUGCUAUUGUCUUAGCGAGACAUAUGAAGCUACAAAUACCAGUGCAGGAGAGAUGCAGUGUCCGGGCAACCUAGAUGAAAAGUGUGGAAACAGCACUGGGAUGUCAGUGUAUACACUUGGUGCAGGACACUUUGAGUUUCGACCGACACAACAUGGGGCAUGUGGUUAUGCGGUUGUCAAUGGCUCUAUCUCCGUAGGCCUCAACCAUUACCGCCAUUGUUUAACACAAAACAGAACAUCUGCAUGUUAUCAAAAUACAUCACAGGAAACCAACUGUAAUGAGGCCGUCUGUGUUUCGUCAGGAAAGGACAGACAGUCAUGGAUACAGGCUUAUCACAAUUGUCGUUUGGUCAAAUUGGACAAUUCUACUAUAGAACAUCUAGAGAAAAGUCAAUCGAAUAACAGGAUUUGGAUUGGUCUUGCAUAUAAAGUCUCAAGGAAAUGGAUAAAUGGAAAUAACGCCUAUGGAUAUGAAGAUUACUACCCGUUUUUGAACUCGCCUAUACAAAUGUGCCUUGCUUUGAAAACCAAUAGAACAAGGAAGUUGUACUGGUUACCGUGCUCUCUCCAUCUUGCUUCUAUUUGUGAAGGGGGAGAUGCUUCCGUUCCUUCAACCGAAGGUCAAUCAGAUGUAGAUGGACAUACUGAUGGCUGGAAUGGUGUAGUCAUAGGACUGUCUGUGGGCAAUGCGAUACUCCUACUGAUAGUCAUCGCUCUUGUACUUCUUCUGCAAAGACAACGCAAACUUGGUUUGGGAACAAAGGAAAUAUAUCAACAGUCGAGUAUCAAAACAUCCACAGAAAACGCGACCUGUAGUCCCGAUGUACCGAAAGAAAAUGGUGACUAUACUUAUAUAAACCCAGAAAUACUUGACGGGAAACCAUUCACUCAUCCAGCUCUAACGGCGACAGUAAACCCCACAAGCCACAUUGAGAAUAUCUGCAAUUCAGUGACUGAUGUCGAGAAAGAGACGGCCCCCAAACAACACACCGGGAUGCCAGCAGGAGCCCCUCACAUGCAUCUUCACUACUACAACACAGCGGAAGGUGUUCAGCCGAGAGGUGGAGAUGAAGGAGCUGUCAGUCUUGGUCCAGAUGCAUCUGCAGCAGUUACUGGUGUAGCCAGUUCCGAGGGAGUUCAGUACUUCGUGCUCGAGAACCACAGCUCCAUGCAAAAGUGUAAAGGAGAUGCUGGUUUGUAUGACCACAUGGAAAGAGCAAAGGGACUCUACGACACCACACAGCAAGGGGGAAACGUAAGACAAGAAGCUGAAUCGUACAGUCACAUUUGCGCGAUACACAAGGAGAUUGAAGAAGGUGACUAUCACGUGGCUCAUGCCGGGAUCGUUGUAAAGAGUUUGGAUGACACCUACAACCAUACGUUUGAGACCAAUAGUUAGGCGUCUGAUUAGUAUAUAUACUCUAUACAUUAGAAUUAGUGUCAGAGACAACUAAAACCGUGAUAGUGGUGUAAUUGGUGGUUUAGAAUCUUAUGAUAUUGUAGAUGGUCGUGUAAAAGGACAUUAUUCUUGGACAAGAGAAAUUGCGUUGAUUGUAUAGUAAGAUUGGGUUAUCCCAACACAGUGUUGUUUUAGAUAUACUAGUUCCACGAGAGUAGAUUUAAGCAAAUUAUCUACUUCAGUAUCAGGCAUAUAUUGAGGGAAACAACGCCACUGUGGCAGAAUAGAUUAAAGUAACAUUUCUAAGGUAAUAGAUAGUUUAGAAAUAGAUGUAUUAGGGUGAUGACUAUAGGGUUGAAGGUGGUCAUAGAAUAUUUGUAGUAUUUAUAAUAUAUGGGUGUAGUUAAAGUAAGAUCCACAAAGACAGUUUAAUCAAACGUACAUAUGACGGUUUAUCUACCCAGUGUCAUGUUCACUGAAGGUGGAACGUUUGGAUCACAGGACUGAUUUGCAAUUGUAAAACGGUAAACCAAACGGAAGAAAAUGAAGAUAUUUCACUUCUGGAAAUCUUACAGUCUUGACGUGUGUAGAGGGUGUUUCAGUUCAUCUUAGAAUUGUUUUUAUUUAUCUUUUUAAAUGAUUCAGGGGGAAAUGUAUUAUCAUGAUGUUUCCACUUGAGUAUCUUAUGUGAAGUUUUGUUCGAAUAGAUCAAAAGACAUAUUGAUUUUUCUUUCUUCGGAAUAUGCACACAACAUGUCCGUGUUUUGAAGUUUAAUUACUUAUUCACUGUUUUUUAAACGUCAUAUUAGUCGACAAUGUACAUACUCUUGAUGUCAUAGAGACACUAUCAGGUUUAAACCUGGUGCCUAAAAUAGACCGUAUUGCUUUACUGAGCAACUUUCCAAAAUA